GCCGUGCUAAGGGAGGCUCCGCCCAGGCCAGCUCCUCCCUCCUCCUCUGCUCUUGAGCCUCCUCUGCUCUGUCCUCCCAGGCAGUCCCCUGCUGGCCUUAGUACCAAGAGGACAGGGAUGAGCGGCUCCUCUCCAGCGGGCUGGGCUCCUGGACAUCCAAGCGCCAUGGGCUACUCCCAGUUACCCUGUGAUGACAUUGACACAGCCUCGUACAAGAUGCACAAGGACCUGGACAGAUUCAUUUCUGUUGCCCAAGGCCAACAUUUAAGAGGUGAACAGCUGGACGAGUCCAGUCUGGAGUCACUGGAGGACAGCAUCAACGAGGUCUUGUUGGACAACGUAGAGAGCCACUUUCGUAACAACCUGGAGACCAUUCCUUUGUCUUCUGACAUGCAACUGGAGUUGCGAUCUCGGGUCAAGAGGCCGUCGGGCUCUGGGCAGAGAUACGAGCAGUUAGGCGGCGAGCAGUCCAGGCAGAGCUUCUGGGAAACGCUGCGGCGGUGGUUCCGGGCAAUGCUGGGCCGGCUGCAGCAGCGCUGGCAGCGUGCGUUGGCCUGGCUGCAGGAGCUGGUGGCCGCCGGGGUGCAGGCCUUGCGCAGCGCCGUCGAGCUCGUGUGGCGCACACUGAAGCGUUUCCGCUGCUCCCUGAUGAAGUGGCUUGGGCUGCCCCUUGGGGUCUAGGGAGCUCAAAGCCCUGCGCUCCCCGCUUCUUAAAGUCUUUGAAGUGUCUACGCCUUCCUGCGCACCCUGGGCCCAUCAUUACCUCCCGCCCCCAGCCCCUUCCUGCCUGACCUGCAGAGCUGACCGGCUACUCUCGCUCUACUGCCUUAAUAAAAGAUGCUGGAAAGAAA